AUGUGCCACACCCGACUCUGGGUGCCUCACGUGGGGUACAGACUGCAGCCCUCUGCAACAGAUCAGACGGACGGCUAGCUGGCUUUGGGGCUGAAAUACUUUAAUCCAUGGCGCUUCUCCAGCCCCCCCGCCACCAGCAGCCAAUGGUCUGAGGUCCAUGUUAAUAACUUAAGCCACUGUUUUAAUUUUGCAGACGGCCGGGGGGCGGGGGGGAUGCCAUUUGCCCCCUCUGUCCCCCCCACCUAAAAUAACUGCAGCCUGAUUCAACUUCUCACACAUUUUCAGCCAAUGAGCUAUAUCUCUUGAUCAGGAUUUUUGGAACAUCUUCGAGCACAAUUCCACAGCACGUAUUCGACAUAUUAUACCAGGGGUGACUAGUCUUAUCCGGAGAGGGCUGUUGGAUGUGCAGGUUUUCACUGCAACUCCCUAAUUAGAUUUACAAAUUGAGGACUCACUGGCUGAAGAGUCCUCACACCUGGGUUUGAGCAGCUGAUAUACUGGCUAUCCGAAAACCCGGCAUGCAGAGUGACCCUGAGUGGAUGAGAUUGGCUACCCCUGAUUUAUACUGCUAAGGGUGAGAGGCUGGAACUGUCAUUACGGUAUCAGGGACUGAGGAACGAAUUACGCUGCUCAGUUCUUAUCCAAGUAUCUGUGUCUGCGAUUCUAAAAUUAGGAGUCGCUUGGCAUAAAACCAGCCAAGAAAUUACUCAGUAAGAAAAAUGACGACUGUAUAAUGAUGGCAGUGCCCUGAAUAAUGAAUAAUAAACUGCAUUUUUGAGCAUGUAUCCUGACUGCAACCACAGGCGGCCUGGAUGCUGACGGUUUGUCCGUCUCCUUUCUUCGUGAGCUCAGGUGGUCGUCCGCUGCACCAAACGCGGGAUGUUGAGAUGAGCCAACCAUUUGUAUAAAGCCAAGUUUGGGACGUGGGGCUGCCCCGAGCACCCUGUUGGGGGGGGGGGGGGGGGAGUGUCGACCGAGGUGGUUCACAGACUGUUGGGUGGGCACACGAUCUGUAGUCAUGCCCCUGGAGGGGACCGGGGUAAUAGGCUAAUCUUUUUUAGCAUCUUGUGAUAAUUAUUUUUGGGGCACACAGAAUGAAAUGGGUGCACUGAGGGCAUCGGGACUCUGUGUCUCUGAAGGACUCAGCCCCACCCCCGGUCCAGCACAGCAAGAUUUAGGGUUCUGACCGAGUCCACCACUAACAAGGGAAUACUAACGUAGCUUUCUUCUAAUUCCCCAUGCACCCCCGAUGUAAACUGGACACGCCUCUAAGGCGUCUCUAAAACUGUCAGUCUAUGCUGUUGCCAAUUUGUAAGGUAAAUAAGACACAGAAUGCGACAGGUUGCUUAGUUGCUUGUCCAAUGCUUUUCCAGACUCUUGGUUUAGGUCGGGGGUGUCACCUCUUAUCCGCUUAGGGCCGGUGUGUAUGUGGGGUUUUGGGGUAACCUGUAGGUCAGCUGUUCACACCCAGGUGUGAGGACUCUUCAGCCAGUCAGUCCUCUAAUUAGUGACCUAAUUAGGGAAUUGCAGCGAAAACCCGGAAACACACCUGCCUUUUAUGGAUAAGAUUGGACACCCCUGGUCUAGAUGAAGAUUGUGGUUGAUUAAUUAGUCAAAAUUCGUAAUUAUAACUGUCUACGUGUGAUUGUUAAACCACUGUUAAAAUAGUAGGGUGGGAAAUACCAUUUAAAAAUCGUGUUUAAUGAAAUACAAGCUACGCGACCUGUGUAGGGUGGGUAAACACUGCCAUCUGCUGGAGAGAUUUUAAAAGUACCAUUUAUUUGUCGGCGUUACUGCCGGGAUUUAGGAACGUAACUGGGAUUAGUGGUAACAGGAUGGAAAGGUAAGUGGAUGUUAAAAAAAAGCCUAGGUAGCUUUAAGAUUAAAAAGAGAAAGAUUUUAGAAGCAUAAUAAAUCUGAGAAAAUGUCUUCUGCAUUUUAAAAAUUACUUUAUUUGCAGUUUGUUAAAAUCCUAAGCGUGGUGCGCAGUAAUAGCUAGGGGCAUGACUUAAGCUGGUGUGGGAUAAUGAGAGGGCCACAUUCCAUGACGUUAUCCCUAACAGCCAUGGCGUCACCUGAGACGGAGAUAGAAAUACAACCCACCGUGAUGGUAUCAGCCACAGCUGUCAUUGUUAACUCACAGAUCGGACACUUAUCUGGGCGCUGGGAUAGGAUGGGCAGAAAGUGGCACAAGCUUGGUAUGACCUCUCAUUGCAGUCCUUAAAAGACAUUGUCCGAAGACGCUGCCUUUCUGGAGCCAGGUCCAGGCUCCUGGCUGUAGGAUUGCGUUACCUUUUCAUUCUGACGUCAGUCAUGUACACACAAAAGGUGCAUUGUGUUUUCAGUAGUGGUUUCACUUCACGCGGACAGCGAUGAAAGCUGCAGUCGGCGCGCAAACAUAGGCGAUUUUACACGGGCAUGCACCCCCUAUUGGUCAGAUGAAAAAAGACAGCUUGAACAUAUUUUUUAAAAAUGAAGUAAAAUAUAUUGUAGAAGUUAUAUUUGAAAAUGUGGCUUGUGCUAGUUAUAUCAAUAUGUACUAAGCUGCGGAGAACAAGACUGAGCAGAGAAGAGAAGCAUUCCAGCGAACCUGUACUUGUGCAAAUGGCACAUAAAUCAUGUUUGUUUUUGUUUCGUUUUGUUUAUUGUGAAUGUAUAUAAUAUUUUUUUGAUCAAAUUAAUGACUGGUUGAGUUCUCUCACCUUGCACUUCCUGGGAGAAUAGCCUAGAGUCUCUUUUAAACACGUGGAUCCAAUGAUCUCUCACACUUACAGGAGCUGCUUUUCGACAUGCCUAACUUAAGCAUUAAUCUAUUAACAAGUCUGUGUAUCUCUUAUUCGCAACCAUACAAAUAGACCAAAUUAAUCAAACUAAAAUGCUCAUCAUCAGCUUGGACUUAAAAUGUAACUUUUGCUUUAAGUGGAUAAUACAGUGUCUGCGAUGGGCUGGCCCCCCAUCCUGGGUUGUUCCCUGCCUCGUGCCCAUUGCUUCCAGGAUAGGCUCCGGACCCCCCGCGACCCAGUAGGAUAAGCGGUUUGGAAAAUGGACGGAUGGAUGGAUUCGCUCCAUGGCUUUGUUAGCAGUUUGAAAUGCCUUGUUUCUGAAAGCCAGCCACAGGAGGCAGGUUUUAAACGUUAAAACUGGCCAGCUGAGGCCCACCGAAAGGAAAGGCAUCUCUCUUUCAGCUAUUCUAUGUUAAAUCAUUAAUGGAAUAAAACAUUUCAUGAAUUAAUAAAGAAGAGCCUGGCAUUUGGAGGGUUUAGUGCUCUGUCAUCUAAACAUUUGGGGAAAUGCAAGUGACCUAACAUUUGGUUACUAAAAUGAUCCGGAAUCAGUCUGCAGUUAUGAGUGUGAUAUAAUGACAUAAUAGCUGUACAAAUUUGUCUGUCUCCUAUAUUAAUUCCUCAGACGUUUCUUAGAUCGAUGUCCUCAUAUCAAACGGCACUUCAGACUGCAUCUGAGGCUGGUUACACCUUCUGCUAGCUUGGCCAUCUUCGUACCACAAUCCAGCGCUACCCCUCUUCCCCUGUCCCCCUCUCCCGCCUGCACCAGACACUGCAGCGCAGUGGGUUGGGGCCACUCAGGGAAGAAAUAGCCCCAGAAGUACAGUGGGUGCAGUGGACGCCCCACACUGGCUAGAGCAGAAAGCUCCCCCCCCUCCCCCAGUCUGUUUAUUGUCUUUUCAGAUACAUACAGAUGAAUAGAAGUAUGACAGUAUAUACAGGACGGACUAUAUAAAUAUAAUCAGAUAUACAUGUUGUGUUGCAUAUUUAUACAGUGGAUACAUUUUUCUCAUCUCCAUAUUCCAUGCGGCCUAAAUUUGGCUAUAACUUCUGUAUUUAGGGAGAGACCCAUGUGUCUCAUAAAAUUCGUGAGUAGAGCCUUUCAUUGAACAUGUAAAAAAAAAAUUCCAGUUUCAUGGAAGAAAGAUUUUCUCUCAUCGGGGAGUAAUGAAGGGACAAGGGGAGACCAGUAUAUCAGCCACCUCAGUAAAAUAAGAUGCUUAAGAUAAAGACACCAAAAUCGGUUUUAUGUGAAGACUGUACCAUUGAGGAAGGGGGGGGGGUGCCAAACAGGGCCAUGCAAACACAGCGUGGGUUGCUAGUCCUAAGACCUGGACCAAUAUUCAUACAGGCCUGUGCAGAACCAAAAUGUAUGUGUUAAGGUAGGUGGGGCUUGAUAACAGUGGGCAGAAGUAGCAUCAACAUUCAGGUAAAUUUUAUUUCAUGUAACUUUGACCCAGUGGAUGCUGGUGGAUUAUUUUACAGUGAGUUAGAAUUCGGUGAUCUGUGCACAACAAUGAAAUGCAUCCUCUGUGACAUCGUGGCAUAGCAGGGGGCAGCUAAUUCAGCACCCGGGGAGCAGGGCUUGGGGGCGGCACCUUGCUCAGGGUACCUCAGUGGUGUCUUGCUGAUCGGGGAUUCGAACCAGCAGUCUUUCAAUUACAAGUUGGCCUAACCAUUCAGCCACCACUGCCCACUGAAUUAGGCCAUACCUUGUACAUACUGAUAAAGUGUGCAUGAGGCCACCCCCCCCAACUGGAACUUGGUAAUCAAAGAGCCGGCCCCUGGUACCUUGGGAACCCCUGGGAUACCCAUCAUGCCUCUGGGCUGUGGCAUCAGCAGGGAGGUGUUGCUUGACGUUCCGGGGGUUGUGGGUGAGCUAAUGGCCGGCCGCCAGUUUCGUCAGUGCGACAGAAUCUGCAAAUACACCGUAUUUCUACUUUACAUAAGAAAACUUGUUUUAUCAAUACACAAGUUAAACUGAAGUGUACAGAUGCUACUCCGCAUAAUUCAUUAUUAUAUGCCUAUUUGUGAAUGAUUCUGGUAAAUUUUGCGUGCCUGCUGACGAAGAUAAAGCCUACGCGCUUAUAAAAGAUUAUGAUGGAUGGAUGGUCUCUAAAUGGUUUGUGCAUUCGUCUUAAUUGAUCGAUCAUCAUCCCCCGGAUGUCCUGUAUCGCAUGUAUAAGAGCAACGUUAUUUUUGUUUUGUAGUAUUUAUUUAAAGAGCUAAUUAAAACGCUUUAUGGUAACGUAAUUCCAAUAGUGCAAACGCUACUACUUUAUGUUGGACGUGCAGCAGAGACAGCGGUCGCUCUAAUAACGAGAAGAAACGAUGCUGCAGACGCAACCACGUCCACAGUGAGUCACUCUAUGUGCCGAUACGUGGAAAGUCAUCUUCACGUGCGCAACAGAAGGCGAUACAUUACCUAAGCAACAGGUGACCAGUCUACCCGCGGAUCAAAACCCGUUACAACAUCCCAGAUAGUACAAAAGACCAGUGUUCCCAGCUCAGGAGAUUAUCCAUGUAUACCCGAAAAAUGACCUCCGCUUUGCUCUGACAUUUGCAGUUAAAUGCGAUCAAAUUUCAUUGAAGGAAACUUUGGUAAUAACGUACAGUUUUAUUUAUAUGAGCGUGUAAUGAUGCAUUGUUGUAGGCGUACAUUACUUUGUUUUAUUUGUUUAUAAGCUAGUUAACGAUUGCGAUGAGAACAAGAAAACAUAUACUCCUAAGACCUUUGUUUUAUAUUCAGCGAUUCAAUAUUUUAUGACAGCCUGGGGUCAGCUAUUUUAACGCAAGUCCAAUGAAGAUAGGCAGGACAUGUGAUCCUGCAAAUACCACAUUAAUAUUAAUGCGGAUACAGGUUCAUUAUAAUAUCAAAAUGUUUGUUUCCCGGCGUGAAAUGUCAUUUCAACAGGCAAACAGCCUGGACACUUAAAUGCAGGGGAAUUUUGCCGUAAGCAGUAACUUACGUGAGGGCACGUUGCUUGUCUGCGCUCCGAUUAUUUGCGUUCACAGAUGUUUCUGCGUGUCUUCAGGGCUUCCCAGAGCGCUCCUUCGGUCUUGUUUCUGCAUCCCAGCGCGUCGUUCCUCUUCGCUGAAUUUCAGUUCCCCGUAACAGACGACAAAAAGCUAUUAUCUAAAAUUAGACAAUUAGACUAAUGUGCUGAAGAUGAGCACGUCACCCGGCCCUGCGCUAUACAGCUGUGUUUGUUUGCUGAGCGCCUUGUGGACGCUAUCCCGUCUUCAUAGGGACCUCCGGUGACUGCGCUCCUCAGCAGGACCGUCCACGUCGUGGGCAGCGACUUAUGUUUAAUUAAUGUACUUCAGCAAUUCCACGAAAGAAUGUUGCUAUUUUUAAAUCAUUUCUGCCCUGACACUGCGCAGGUCGUUGCUGUCACCCUGUUAUAAUAAUAAUAAUAUAUUUGAAAAUCACGUUACAUCUUAGAAUUCCCUUUGUCUGUUAUAGGAGCUGGUGGGUAUGCUUUCCACCGAUAUCGCCUCAGAAUGCAUUUUAGAAUCAUACUUUAUUAUUAAUAAUGUGAAAUAUAGAGAGGUUAUUUACUAUCAUUAUUUCAGUACUGCACUUUUCCUAGUAUAUUAACGCUCCUGAGCACUUGACAACAACAAUAAUCCAAAAAUAUAUACUUUUUGUGGAUUCUCAAAUCCAAACAACUCAGGCAUGCUAACCCUACACUAUCAACAAACCGAAAGUCUUACACCAGGAUUAUUUUAUCGUUAUUGUGUAAGAUUGGAUAUAUUGCAUAUUUAUUGUAAGAUAUUGUCUUCUUAUCGACAUUUGACAGUCAUCAUUAACAUCAAACAACCAAAUAAAUAAAAAAAUACUCAUCACUACACUUAAUGAUAAAUCUACGAAUUUAUUGUCGAUUUUUUUUCUAAAGUUACUCCUAAGUUUCAUGCCUUAAAGACGCAAUGCACCUGAAAGUAAACGUGACACUUUUGAGCAUUAAAAAAAAACUCUUUCAUGUACAUUUUUUUCCAUAGUUUUUCAAGGAACUGUGUGCCCUAUGCUACAUGUGAUGAUAGGCUUCGUACUGGAAAAGUUUGUUGGAUGGAUGGAUGGAUGGAUAGACGCAUCACCCACGAAGUUGUGUCCUUAUAAAAGCUCCUCGUGCUUGUUCGACUUUUUCACGUGUGUGUUAGGUGCGUUUUACAAUCCAGCUGAGAGGAAAUAAAAUAUUUAAGCGGGGGCAGGUUUGUUAUGCGGAAUUUAAAUAAGCAGCCGUACUCGCUACGCUGUUAAACGUUGCGCAGCAUGACAGUCACCGACGCCACCGGCAGGCGCUUUCAUUCGCGGAAGGAGUGAGAAUCAUGUCGCUGCAAUUCAGUGAGGAGCAGUUUCAGGAGGCUUGGAGAGAACUGGACGAGCCCCAGCUGCGCGGAGGAUGGGAGCUUUUCACCGAAACCAUGGGUAUCAAAGUGUACCGGCUGUCCGACGAGGACACCGGGCUCUACAAGUACAAAGUCUUCGGUGUGCUUAAUGGGUGUCCGCCGCAGCUGUGCGCUGAUGUCUACAUGGAUUUAGAGUACAGGAAGAAAUGGGAUACCUAUGUCAAAGAGCUCUACGAGAAAGAAUGCAAUGGGAUAGUUGCCAUUUACUGGGAGGUUAAAUACCCAUUUCCUUUGUCAAACAGGGAUUAUGUAUAUGUCCGGGCGCGACGUGACCUGCAAAUGGGUAGAGGCAGGAAGGUCUGGGUGGUGCUGGCUAAGUCUGUGACGGUUGCACAAUACCCCGAGAAAAAUGGCAUCCUCAGGGUGAGCGACUACAAUCAGAGCAUCGCCAUGGAGAGUGACGGGGCCGAUGGGACACGAGUCUUCAUGAGCUACUUCGAUAAUCCUGGCGGCAUGAUCCCAGCCUGGCUUAUCAACUGGGCUGCUAAGACUGGCGUUCCUGCCUUCCUGACAGACAUGCAGAAGGCCUGCGAGAACUACUCCGAAUACCUCAGGAAGAACAGGACAUGAGUGUCGGUGGAGUCACUGUGGGAGGUUGACGCUCUUUCAGGACCCCAUUGAUUAUAUCAGUUCCUCUGGGUUUACUGGUUUGACUGGGAUGUGAUGAGCAGUUGGGUGACAGUGGUGACCAUGUUGAGGCUUCAUGUCUGUUGAUGUUUUGUGGACUGCAGGAGGCUGUAAUCACUGACUCUAUUAUUGUGCAAUGUUACGAAAGCAAAGGCUGGCUCAACAUCACAACUGUUCGGAGCUGCGUUCUUACAUUUUCCGUUACAUCGAAUUCCCUCGGCGCCCAGCCUCCACUGCCUCUCUCGGCGUUUACUACCCCUCUCUCCUUCAGAUUUCCUGCCCUGUGGCUGGUGAUCAUCCACAGGGGAAAUUCACUCCCGACUAAGUUUGGCUGCUAGGAGGCGUCAACAGCACAACCUCUCAUUUUACUCACCCUGUUUACUUUCGUGUCUGUGUGUGCCUGGUUGCUUUUUAAUUAGUUUAUUUACAAGAAAAUGGCAGUAGGUGGGCAUGUUUUGGGCCAUUCUGUCUGUAAUUUGAGUAUUUCAGCAGAUGUAAUCAUCCUCUUUUGAAAUUGGUUGUGUUUAAAAUCAUUAAUUAAUAUUUUGCACUGAAAUAGAACAGAGAUAUGUAUGACUAUAAAUAAACUUUUACGUUAUUUUCUUUUUCCUUUUUAUGAAAUAAAAUAUGCUGCUUCCAGAA